AUGGGCUCCAUCACACAGACCUCCAAGCGGACCAUCACCGACGACGACAUCUCGAGUCUCAAGACCCUGCUCUCGUCGACCAACGCCACUGUCCUCACCCCACAAGAUGAGGAGGCGUACUCGGCCUCGAUAAAACGCUGGUCCAGCGCCGCCCAGAAGCCCGCCGGAGUGGUCGUCGUCCCGACCAACGUCGACGAGGUCGCCCGCGUGGUCAAGUAUGCCACGGACGAGGGCAUCGACCUCGCCGUCAAGGGCGGCGGCCACUCCACCGCCGGGGUCAGCAGCACCCACGGCGGGCUGCUGAUCGAUCUCAAUGCCAAGAUGCGCCACGUUGACGUCGACCUGGACAAGAAACUGUUCAUAAUCCAGGGCGGUGCCGCGUGGGGCGACGUCGACCAGGCAGGCGUGCAGCACGGUCUGGCCACGGUGGGCGGCACGGUGGCCGACACGGGCGUCGGCGGGUUAACGCUCGGGGGCGGCUACGGAUGGCUCUCGGGCCAGAAGGGCCUGGUGAUCGACAACCUGGUCGAGUGCACGAUCGUGCUCGCGUCGGGGGAGAUCCAGAAGGCCAGCCGCGCCGAAAACCCGGACCUGUUCUGGGCGCUGCAGGGCGCGGGCCAGAACUUCGGCGUCGUCACCGAGUUCGUGCUUAAGGCGUACGACCAGGGCGACGUGUUCGCCGGCAUGCUCAUCUUCCCACCCACGCCCGCGGUGGUCGAGAAGGUCGUCGCCGCCACCAACGACCUAUACACGCCCGACGCGCAGGGCAAGACCAAGGUCGCCGGCCGCGGCGCCGGUGGCAUCGCCUUCGCGCGGCCCCCGCCCGCCGAGGGCCAGGUCAUGCUGCUGGCGGUGAUCAUCUACUUUGGGACCGAGGCCGAGGCCCGGGAGAAAUACAAGGCGCUGUACGACAUCGGCCCGGUGGUGGACACGACGGCCAUGGUGCCGUACCCGGUGAUCAACACGGUGCUGGCGCCGCCGAUCGGGCUCCGCGCGAGCAUGAAGGGCACGUCGUUCACGAUGCCGAUCCGGGCCGGUUUCGUGACCGACGUGCUGCGCGAGUACACGGCCUUCACGGACGGCAACGACGACACGGGCAUCAGCCUCGUGCUGUGGGAGGUGUACGACCCGGCGCAGGUGGUGGCCCACGGCGGCGACGACGACCGUGCCGGCAGCUUCGCCAACCGCGGCUGGCACCUCAACGGCAUGAUCUGCCCCAUCUGGACCAAGCCCGACCACGAUGCCGCCUGUCGCCAGUGGGCCCGCGACCUCACCGCCCUGUUCAAGGCCGAGCUCGAGUCCCAGGCCGGCCAAGAGACGGGUACGGGCGUCGACGGCGGCGUAGGCUUGAAGGGGAAGAAGGGCGCCACCAUGCUAUAUGGGAACUAUGACCAGUACGACGAGAAAUCCCGCGACAUCUUUGGCGAGAACUACCCGCGCCUGCAGAAGCUGAAGGCCCAGUACGACCCAACCAACAUGUUCAACAAGCUCUUUGCUGUCUCGCCACAGUUGUGA